AUGUGUAUUCAUGGUGACACAUACGCAUAUUUCCGGAUGGGGAUCUGGCACACAGACAUGGUGAAGUCAGGGCUCUUCAGGGUCCCCCUGGAGGAGAUCCGCUCAAGGCAUGUUUUUCUGGAGAGGCUGGGGGUGUACGAGACUCCCGACAAGAAGGGGCAAACCCGCAUCAUCAACCCCAAGCUGAAGGACUUCCUGGGGGCCUUGGAGGACUUGGCCAGGGCUUCGCCUGACGAGUUUCAGGUCUUCAGGAAGCUCCUGACCCGCGAGCAAGAAGAGGAGAAGUAGGGGCAGGAGGAGGACUCUGACAGUGAAGAAGAGGAAGCAGAGGAGGGGUAUGAGAGUGAGGACAGUGAGCAGACUGAGUACACCAGGAGAAAAAAGUAACCCCCUUCUCUCCCUGCUUCUGGCAAAUGGACUUGUUUCUGUGUAAUUAUUCGUUUUUUCAAACUGUAUUGAUCCUGCC